AUGAAAUUUAAGGCUAGAUUUACGACGUAAUUACCACUGCAAAUUGGAUUUACCAGGAGCGAACUUAAUGCAGCGGGGGGACUUAGGUUUUAUGGCACUAAAAGUACUUAAAGUAAAAUCUAAAAUUAGUCGUGGCUUCGAAGGAAUCGUGGAAAGAUGAAUUGCCUGUGGUCUUUGUCGAUUUUGAUGGGCUAUCUAAGUCCAAUCUUGGUUGCUGCCUUUGAGGAUGAGGAGACGAACUGCUUUGCCCUGCAUGAUAAUGCCUGUCCCAAUGCCAACAUUUCGUUUUGGCUCUACACCAAAUCGAAUCCACAGGGGAAGUUGCUCUCCUUAUUUACUAUACGCAAAAAAGAUUUUCUGCCCCUCAAGCCACUAAGGUUACUGAUCCAUGGCUUUAAUGGCAAUCGCAGCUUGUCUCCCAACGCCCAGUUACGUCAUCGACUCCUUGAUCUAGAGGAUAAUGUGAUAUCCUUGGACUAUCAAAAGUUGGCCUAUGAACCCUGCUACUCAGAGGCUGUACACAAUGCCAAAUACGUUGGCCAAUGCAUUGCCCAUUUACUGACCAUGCUCCUGGACAACGAACUUGUACAGAGUGAGGAUAUUCAUCUGAUUGGUUUUGGUUUGGGUGCCCAUGUGGCAGGGUUUGCUGGCAACUUUUUAUCCAACAACAAGUUGGAACAUAUCACGGCUCUCGAUCCGGCCAAGCCACUUUACCUAGUCAACGAUACAGCCCAAAAACUCGAUCCCUCUGAUGCCAAGUUCGUGGAUGUCAUACACACAGAUGUGAUGAUGCUUGGCUUGCUAGAUCCAGUUGGCCACGUGGACUUUUACCUGAACAUGGGUGUGACACAGCCCAACUGCGGACCCGUUAAUGAGAUGGAUACCCAUUACUGCUACCAUAAUCGAGCUGCGGAUUAUUAUGGGGAAUCCAUCGCCUCACCAACCGGAUUUUAUGGCUUCUACUGUCCAAAUUUUAAAAGCUACGCCUCUGGUCUGUGUGUUCCCAAGAAGGAUAUACAGUUGAUGGGCAUCAAUGUUGAGCCAGAGGCCAGGGGAAGGUACUUCAUGGACACCAAUAAUUCUCCGCCCUAUGCCAAGGGGCAUGACUAUAGCCAUCUCAACCGCGAACUGAAGGGUCGUACUUACAUGAACGAUGAUAUUAUAGAAAAGUUAUUUGAAGGAAAGGCUUAGGCAAUAAAUCAUCACAAAAAAAGUGAAAAUACAAAUAAAUUUGUGUACCUCUGAAAUAUACAAAUUUAAAAAACUUUGAA